UCCUCUACUUCACAAUACGCGUAUCCGGCAUAUCGGGACAUAACUUGGUACUGUCUAUUAGAGAAUCUAUAAAAGCAAGUGUCUACGGGUCGAACUGACCAUUUAUAACGUUCGGUCCUGUGGUCCCGGGAAAUUUUUUUUUAAAUUUCAAAUCGUUAUGAUACCCUAAUUUUUCUUUCUUUUUUAAAUUUUAAAUAAUUGACGAAAUAAAAAAAAAUUUAAUGUGUGAUUUUUUUUGUAAUUAAUAUGGAUAAUUAUAAGAUUACGAUAUCAUUGUUCGUCUUACUGGCGGUACACAACUGCCGGGCAGUAUUAACCAACAAUACCGGUAAAAAGAAUGCGGAAAUAGAACCGGGAAAGAUAAAAACAAAUUUCAAGACAAUAAAAAUUGCUCAAGAUAGAAUAAGUAGUUUUCCUCAUGAUAAAUUUAGUUUGCCUAAAUUUAAUUAUGAUAUCAAUUAUAAUUUAGCGUCGUCGGAGUUUGGAAAUUAUAGACCAAAGAAAUUCGCACCAAGAUUAGAAUUAUCGACAUUGAAUAGUUUGCCAUUUUCAUCAACGAAUGUGCAUAAUUUAUUCCGCAAACCGGGGCCUUCCUACACAUUACCGAGUUUCUCUUUACCCGGAUCACGUCAUCCAGGAUUUAAUUCAUGGCGAACAGGAUUUAAAUCGCCUCACACUCCAACGAUACCAAUAUCUCUAGAAGCAUACGGGCCGCCAAAUAAGCCAGCAUUGCCGUCUUUUUCAAUCGGAUCUUCAUCAUUUAUACAAAACUCAAAUCAUCAUCACGGAUCAUUUGGAAGCACACAAAAUGGAUUUUUUGCUAAUGAUUUAGGUCAAUUAUCAUCUCAAUCUGGUAUACAUGCGCCGCCAACUCAACCAGAUAUUAAAUACGACGGAUGGCAACCAAUUGCCGGUAAUAUUGCACCGCCGAAUUUCCAUGAUUCUGGUAAAAAUGCACCACCGAAUUUCCAUAACUCUGGUAAUAUUGUGCCGCCAAAUUUCCAUGACUCAGGAUCAUCGCCGACGAAUAGUGGAUCUUCAAAUGCAAUCUUAAACCCAGAAUUUGUAUCAGGACCAAGUAAUUCUUAUGGUGAACCAAUUUACGAUGUAGAAGAUCACGAUUUGAAACAAUCUGUUAGACAACGUGAUGAAUUGGCUUUACCACCACCGCCAUUACCAGAAACUGAACCUUUCCAUGUUCAAGGACAACCACAAACAAGUUUACCAUCAAAUCAUGCUCCGGAACCUGUAGGGCCCGCACCAGAACCUACAAGACAUGCACCAGGACCUGCUCCAGGACCACAUCCACCAAUAAAUGUACAAGAACAAGUUGAUUCUUAUCUUGUACCUCCACCUUCAUCGUUUUCUUCUGACGGACCUUAUCCAUCUGCCCGAAGACCUCUUCCACCGCCAAAACCUGAGUUUGGGUUCAUAAGACCUCCUAAUUUCUCACGUAGCCCUGCAAGAUCUCAAGGUCCAUCUCAACCAACGAAACUAUUUGCCGUGAGUUUAACGCCACCCCGUGCUUGGGCGCCAGUUCAAUUCCGUCAAGCUGACACUCAAUCAAAUCCAACCAAUAAUUUCGGAUCAUACGGUGAAGCCUCAGAGUUUUAUAAUAAUUACAACGUACUAUCGCAAAAUUUCCCUCAAGACAGUGCAAAUUGUAUUGAUAAGCCUCAUCAAGGCUUAUCUGAUUCAGACGUUUCAAUGAGUUAUAACCAGAUUGUCGUUAGUGAGGACUCUCGUGCUAACAAAAUAACAACUGACUCGGAGUCUGGUUUGACCGGAUUAGAUGGAUCAGAAAAUAACAACUACGACGGAGGAUUAAAUGAUGAGGAUGAACGAUCGGUGAUAGCUAACAAUCAAGUAGAACCGGCUAUCGGACAGUCAUCAGCUCUCGGUGCAGGUACCAUAGAUUAUGGUCAGUUGGAGAGUUUAACUUCCAGUAACAUCAAUCACCAGUUUAAAUCCGAAGCUCUGGCGCAAACCCUUCCUGCGGCAAAUGACGCUGAUGGUUUUCAGAUACAAGGUUCCAAAGGUGUUUACACACUUCAAAUUCAGCCCGCCGAUGGCAGUCACGGCACUGAAAAUUCCGAUGGUUCAAUCAGACACGAUCAAGUUUUAUCCGAUGGACUUUUACAAAAUAUUUUAGCGGCCAUUGAACAGCCUGGUGAUAAUAAUCAUUCAGGCGGCCAAUCAAUCUAUCAGCCACAAAUAUCCGGAAGUUUUGAUCUUAAUGAGUCGUCGUCAUCUUCUGUUUUAUCAACUGUCGCUGACCACCUCGCGCAAAUUAAGUCGACAGAUAACAAAGAUAUCGUUCCUUUGACUGAUAAAAGUGAAGCCGCGCUAUUUAGUGACAAAAUUCUUAAAAUAUAAAUAAAUAUUGAUAAUGAUAUCGAUUAAAUGAUGAUUAAGUAUUAUUCUAUAUAUUUUGGUUGUAAUUUAUGCGUGGAAUUUGAGGAACUUUGUUUUGAGGUUUAAAUUAUAAAGUAAAAAUAUGGUAAUUGUUAGAAUGGAGAGAACACUGGCGAUUCAGGUCAAUGGGACAUAUACUUCGACAGUGGCAUUACAUUUGUGAAAUGGAACUCAAGUGUCGCUGUCCCCUAUGCCAUAUUCAAGAGAUGAAGUGUAUAUGUAUGAUAGCCAAGGUGAAAGUUCAGUCAACUGGAUAAUACCACUUUCUUCUACGCACUCGAAUUGAGAAACCUUGAUAUUAAUUCUGUAGUCUGUAACUUUUCAUACCAACACAAUACUUAUGAUAUUAAUAUAUUUAAAAACCAAUUACGGUUUUUUUUAUCAUUUAUUUAUUUAUUUUUUUAUUAAAUAAUACUUUUCAUGUAAUUUUACUUGACAUUUAAAUUGUUCAUUCAAUAAAAAUAUUUAAUACUUUCUAUAAUAAAUU